UCGACUUACGUUUUUCUAAAGCGAAAGUUGUGUUUGUAUAGCACACUGGAUUACUUAUACAACUAAUAUAAGGACAGGACAUGACAUGAGAUGGGAGUAUAAAUUAACGCGUUGGUUAAUGCGUUUCAACGUAGUUAAACAAGGAGUGGAUACAGGUGCAGUAGAAGGUAUAGAGUAUGAUACUAGAAUAUCAAUACACAACAAUAACAUUGGACAACAACUGCCGAGAAACAAAAACCAAAGGAGAACCAUCGAGCGACGGAUCAGAAUUCCGAAAAUUCAGAAUAUAUUUGUUAUUUUGAACCUUUAUUUAACUAGGCCAGUCAGCCAAUAUGAAGACUUCUUUGCCCUUCUGGUUGUGUACAAUGGCAAUGUACAUCAUCGGAAUAUCAUCAACAUCUAGUGAUACAGUUGUUCAACCCAUUGUGGCCUUAGUUGGUGAUGACGUCAUCCUGCCUUGCACCCUGAGACACUCCGUCAGUGCUGUGAAUCAGUCAGUAGAGUGGCAGAGACCGGACCUAAAACCAAAAGAGGUCCAUCUUUACAGAGAUGAGAAGGACGAUCUUGUGCUCCAGAAUCCAGUCUUCAGGGGAAGGACAUCACUGUUUAAAGAAGAACUAGAGAACGGCAACACUAGUUUAAAGUUGACCAGAGUGAAACUCUCUGAUGCUGGAAACUACACCUGUUACAUUCCACUGCUGAACCACCAGAAAACCAUCAUUCAACUGCUUGUUGGUGAGUCAACACACCUGCUGACCACCCAAACCCCCUUAAGAGACAGAUCUCAUGAAAUCAAGGGUGCUGUGUCCAGACCAGUUAUCAUCAUUGGGGGAAUAGAAGGCGAUGAGGUGGUACUGCGGUGUGAGGCUGAAGGCUGCUACCCAGAGCCUGUCAUGGAGUGGUGUGACGCUCAGGGACGUGUCCUCCCUGCUGCUGGACCUACAGAGACGUCCAGAGACCGUGAAGGCUGCUACACUGUGACAAGCCAUGUCACCGUCCCGAACUCUGACAACAACACCUUCACCUGUCGUGUUCAACAGUUGGAGAUCAAACACAUGAAGGAGAGACAGGUUCAUGUUCCAGAUCAGAUGUUUCCUAAGACUUGUCAUUCCUGCUGGCUGACAGUUCUUGGAGCAGUUCUUGGAGCAGUUCUUGUUGAAGCUGUAGCUGUAGCUGGAUGUCUCUACCUGUUGAUAAGAAAUGGGAUAUUGACCUUCAGAAAGUUUAAACAGGAAAGGUGGACGUCAGUAAUGAAGAACAAGGAGACGACGAAGAAUGAGGAAGAUGAGGCCAGUGAUCCCAGUCUGUCAUCGGUUUAAAUGUGAAAUGAUGCCCCACGCUCUUAACCACUAGUCUACCUGCCACUCCAUAUAUACCACUAGUCUACCUGCCACUCCAUAUAUGGCACUGUCAGAAGCAUUAGUUUUUUAUAUCAGGCAUCUUUGGUGUAGUUUAUGUAGUCUGUAAUAGGUGCUGAUUUAUUUGACAGGGACAAUGCACAAUCAUAUAGUGAAAGGACCAGCUAUUGCAUACAGAAGCAAUCAAUGCCUGGCUGAGUUGGUGAGAGACUUCUGUAUUGCCGGGGUCGCGACAGAGGUCACACGUAGGGAGUUGCAGAAGGGACAGUCUUAUCAGGCUCUUCUCAGUUAAAGCACAACAAUUCAUAACGCAAUUGAAGGAGAGCAGUUUUUAUGGAUCUAGAAGCACAAGCAUUUCGCUACACUCGCAAUAAUAUCUGCUAUCCACGUGUGUGACCAAUACAAUUUGAUCUGUAAUGUAUGUGAGGCCUUUGAGACAUCAUACUAAAUAUGUUGACUUGCUGGUCACGGGACAUGCAAGUGUUACUUCUUUGAGUUGCUGAGUCAGAGGCGCUAAGCCUUGUGGGAUAUUAAUGAAUGUGAACUCAGCAACCGUAAUUCCAGAACAGUCCCACUGUUUUAAGCUAUUUUUUUUUCUAAAUCAGCCUUUGGAUUCCUUGCACCUUGCGUUUGGAAGGAUCUACAAUGCACUUAAAUGGGAGGAAUUGGCGUCUCUGGGGCAUUUGACAGUUGUUAGGUGGUCUUUUUUUGUGAUCGUGUUUUACUUUUCAUGUAUUUUAAGGCCAAUCUCAAAGCUGUCACCCCUGGUGAACAGCUAAAAUAGUUUUUAUUUACUAACUCUAUUUUAUCAAUGUACCAAUCAGGCUUCAGGAAGAAGCAUUGCACAAUUACAGCAGCCAUGAAG